AUGUACGCAAUUACAUCUCCCGGCAUCUACGACCUUGAAAGUAUGAAAGUCAUCGACACCCCACAGCCUGCUCUAAUUAGACUCUCCGACCGUCGACAAGAGCCGAAUGACAGCAACCGACAACGCAACUCACUAUCGCAGAAGCAAGAGCUAAUAAAUAAGGAUAUGCCGUUGCAGCUCGUCACUGUGCAGUCUGGGUCGGCGCCACUCCCAAACAAGAAGGGUAACCGUGCCUACCGCUACCUACGAUGGAAUUUUGAAUCUGUCUACAGUGGCAUAUUUUCAGUGGUAUUUCUAGCCAAUGCUGUGGCUGUGGCAGUGGUGGUUGUUCGUAUGGCAACCGGUGGUCCACAAUUGACCUACGGACAGGCUUCAGAUGCCGUUGCAGCCAACUUGUUCGCAGCCUUGGUCGUCCGCAACGAGCAUGUCGUCAAUGUCUUAUUUAUUGUCUUCGGAACCUGGCCGCGCUGCUUUCCCCUUACCUUGCGCCGACUAUUUGCCAAGAUCUACUCCUAUGGUGGAAUUCAUAGCGGCAGCAGCAUUGCAGCAACGUUUUGGUAUUUUGCCUUCUUGACACAGCUCACGCGCUCCUACGUGAGCCAAGUUCUCAAUCCGUACCGCUGCUACAUAUUCUUGGUCAGCUAUAGCAUCGUCUUCCUUCUAGUGACCAUCAUUACUUUUGCCCACCCUCGCCUGCGUGUCAUCAUGCACAACUGGUUCGAGGGCAUUCAUCGCUUCCUCGGCUGGACCGUCAUUAUCUUAUUCUGGGUUCAGGUGAUGCUGGUGGCUGCUGAUACCGUCCACGACGGUGCUGCCACUCUCUCCUCUCAGCCGACUACAUCGUUUUGUAAAUCCUUGUCGACUAACGCGACUUUCUGGAUGCUGAUAUUCAUUACGCUGCUUGUUGUAUAUCCCUGGGCUCGUCUCCGGCUGCGCAAAGUGGAGAUCGAGCCUCUAUCGGACCAUUGCGUUAAGCUCCUCUUCAGCUACUGCAAUGCCCACUACGGACAAGCAGUCCGCCUCUCGGAUGCCCCGCUCAAAGAAACGCACGCUUUUGCAACGAUCCCGAGCCUGGUAGUAUCUUCAGAUCUUGAAAGCGCCCCGCCAGCUCGAGAGGGUCUUUCAUGCGCUAGGACCAGGGGCUUUUCUGUUGUCAUUUCAGAUGCUGGCGACUGGACCAGGAAGAUCAUCAGAAACCCACCCGACAGGAUAUUCACGCGCGGCGUUCCACAGUACGGCGUCCUUCGUAUAGCUGGAAUGUUUGAACCGGUUAUCAUUAUCGCUACGGGAUCGGGUAUCGCCCCUUGCCUGUCGCUCUUUGUGGAAAAGCCAGACCACCCGGUGCGAAUCAUUUGGUCAGCCCCCAGACCCUUAGAGACGUUUGGUCAAGGAAUUAUUGAUACAGUCUACAAGUCUGACCCGGAUGCCAUCAUCAUCGACACUCGCAAAAAUGGCCGCCCCGAUUUAGCUAAGAUUGCGUAUGGCGUAUGGAAGGGCUCCCGGACAGAAAGCCAGAGUGACCAACAGUCAAGUUCCAGGAAGGCCUUCGGCCCGUGCGAGGCAGUCGUGAUCAUCUCUAACCAGAAGGUCACCCGCAAGGUCGUAUACGGCCUCGAGAGCCGGGGUGUUCCAACGUAUGGGGCUCUUUUUGAUUCGUGA